ACAGACAGACAGACACACACACACACACAGACACACACACACACAGACAGACACACACACACACACACACAGACAGACAGACAGACAGACAGACAGAGGGAAUGUUCCCUCUUGGAGUUUCACUUCUGUUCAGACUCCUGUUGCUCCUCGGUGCGUCGAAAAUGUCGGACUUUAAACUCCGUGUUUUUCUCCUGCUGGUGUUUGUAGCUGCAGUGAGAAGUGACUCUCUACAUAAGGCCACAGUGUAUUGGGAUCCUGACAGUAAGACGGUUCUGCUGAAGGACGGGGUUCUGGAUGAGAAGGGAGAUGCUUACGGCUUCUAUAACGACUCGUUCUCUGAGACGGGGUGGGGCGUGCUGGAGAUCCGUGCGGGAUACGGACAAACACCUAGGCCUGACGACAAAACCUUCUUCCUGGCCGGAUAUCUAGAGGGCUUCCUAACUGCACGGCAGAUGGUUGAUCACUACACUAACAUGUAUCCUCAGCUCAUCACAAAGCCCAACAUCCUGCAGGCUGUGAAGACCUUCAUGACUAAGCAGAGCGCCUGGUCUCGGCAGCAGGUGAAGUUGAAUAAGACGACAGAUCCUCUGUGGGCUCACACCGGCUUCAUCCUGGCUCAGCUGGACGGACUGCAGGCCGGCGUUGCCGAGUGGGCCAAGCGCUCAGGGGGAAAGGCCUUGUCACGGUUUGAGGUGCAGUUCCUGAACACAGUUGGAGAUCUGUUGGAUUUGAUACAGAUGUUAGUUCCUGAGACCAAACCUUCACUGAGAGGAUAUAAACAGCCCCCGAUGGGCCACUGCUCUGCCCUCAUCAAGAUGUUGCCUGGCUAUGAGAACCUGUUGUUCGCUCACUCCAGCUGGUACGUUUACGCUGCCACGAUGCGCAUCUUCAAACACUGGGACUUUAAAGUUCAGGAACCACACACUGCUACUGGGAAAAUGUCCUUUAGCAGCUACCCUGGUUUCCUGGUGUCUCUGGAUGAUUUCUACCUGUUGGGCAGUGGGCUGAUGAUGACUCAGACCACCAACAACGUCUUUAACCAGUCGCUGUAUGAGGCGGUCACGCCCUCCAGCCUAUUUGCCUGGCAGAGAGUCCGGCUAGCCAAUGCACUUGCACACUCUGGUGAAGAGUGGGCCAAGAUAUUCUCCCGCUUCAACUCUGGGACGUAUAAUAAUCAGUACAUGGUGGUGGAUGUAAGUAAAGUGUCCCUGGGCUCGAGACUUGAUGAUGGUGCUCUGACCAUUGUGGAGCAGAUUCCAGGACUGGUGGAAUAUUCAGAUCAAACAGAGGCUCUGCGCUUUGGUUACUGGCCAUCCUACAAUGUGCCGUUCCACCAGAGGAUUUACACCCUGAGCGGUUAUGAGGAGAUGUGGAUGGAGUAUGGAGAGGAUUUCUCCUACCAACUCUGUCCUCGAGCCAAGAUCUUCCGCCGGGAUCAGGCGUCCGUCACUGAUCUGCCAUCACUCAAACAUGUCAUGAGAUACAACGAUUAUAAGAAAGAUCCAUACUCGAAGGGUGACCCCUGUAAUUCCAUCUGCUGUCGUGGUGAUCUGAGGAAGUCUAACCCUAUUCCUGAAGGAUGUUAUGACACCAAGGUGACUGACCUGAGUAUGGCUAAGCAGUUCAUGUCUGAGGCUCUGAAUGGUCCGAGCACAGAGGGCGAUCUUCCUCCUUUCACUUGGGAUGCAUUUAACAGUACAAUGCACCAGGGCCUGCCACGCCUGUACAACUACACCUUCGUUACCAUGCACCCGGUGCUGUUCGCCCCCUGAGUCGCCAGUGUAGGGCAGGAAGUGACUGAAGAGCAGGGGCUCACAUAUUGUCCUGCUCUACAACUGUGUAUUAACCUGCUGCAAUUAAAAGAGCAAGUGAAAUAUUCUGUGUUAGUUAUUGUUCAGUUUUUUGGGUUUUGUCUGGUUUUGGUGAGGUUUAAAUGUUUGUUUAUGCUGGAUACAUUAACUCUCAACUGUUUUUUUUUUCUUUAAUGUUUAUUCCCUUUUUGACUAAACUAAUUCUCAAGGAUUUAAGGAUAUGGUGUUAAAAUUUGACCUCGCAAUCUACUAGUCACUCAUCUAUGAUAUUGUUUUCUCAGGAUUAUUUGGUAAAGGAAUAAGAAAAGACAAUGUAUGAUUUCAACUCGCUCUAUUUCAGGAAUUUAAAUCCUUACUCUGAUUUUUGUAAAUCUGCUUUGUGACGAUAUUCAUUGUUUUAAAAAAGCUCUCUAUAAAUAAAAUUGAAUUGAACUGAAUUUGAUGGUA